UUUGUGCAAAAGUUUUAAGGCAAAUGCAUAGUGCUGGUACUGGGGGAGCUCUGAUUAAACAGACACCAUGGUGUGUGUAUAUAUAUAUAUAUAUAUAUAUAUAUAUGUACACACACAUGAAAUGAAACAUCCAGGGAACAAAACCAACGCACCAAGCGCAAGAGAAAGACAACAGACAGUGUUCAUUUGCUCCUGCAAAUUAAGUUUGGUAUACUGUGGCCGGCCUAUUGGGUAUUUUCUUUGUUUCUUGAACCAUGAACACGUCCACAUCCAAGAGCAAGAAGAAGCAAACACAAUCCCAAGAAACAGCAGGCAGCGCCAACGGAGGGAGGUUCCUAGGAGUAAGGAAGAGACCCUGGGGAAGAUACGCAGCCGAGAUAAGAGACCCGAGCACCAAGGAGAGGCACUGGCUAGGCACUUUCGACACUGCAGAGGAAGCCGCCUUGGCCUACGACAGGGCUGCCCGUUCCAUGCGCGGCCCUCGCUCACGCACCAAUUUUGUCUACUCUGACAUGCCUCCUGGCUCUUCUGUCACCUCCGUUGUCUCCCCGGAUGAACGCUCCCAUCUUUUUGUCACUCCCUCUGAUCCUGAUGAUCAGACUCACCCUAAUGGCCAGCUCUAUUUCAAUCAAGACUCCACCACCACCCAAUGCCAUUUUUCAAGUGGCCACCCAGAUAUGCCCCAAGAAGAUGUCUGGGGCUCUUCCACUUCUUGUCAUCAAGACCAACCUGUCAUUGACAACAAUGGGUGGUCCUAUUCCUCCAAGUCUGAGCUCCCUCCUUUUCCUAGCUCUUUCUCUGCUGAUUCGAGUGUGACGUCCAAUUCGGGGUAUGGCACAGGGCAGGGCACGUGGAGUGAUCAAUACUCGUCAACAGGUGUGAUGGGGUGGCAGGACGAUCCGACCAGACAGAUAAAUAAUGAGUUCGAGUCGACGGGGAGUGGCUCCUUCUUUGGGUUUGACACGAGUGAAUAUGUGCAUAGCCCUCUUUUCAGCAGGAUGCCAUCGGUUUCAGAUACCGCUCCAGAUGGUUUUGACUUGGGGGGAUCUUCCUCCUCUUACUUCUUCUAAGGAUUCUUAUUAUUAAUUUGCGCAUUUCCAUUUCCAUUUCCAUUUCCAUGUUUUGGAUGCCUUUUGUGCUCGAUCCUCUUCAUUGAACUUGAAGAGAUUAACCACAGAAAUCUGUCAGAAAUUGAAAAUUUCAUCACUAUCGAUUGAAAUUUUUACAUCAAAAAUCCAAUAUUAUCAAAUUCCCGUCAAAAAAACCUUUUU